GAAAGGAAGCCACUACAGCAUUCAUACAGACUUGUACACCAAAUUGUACAAAUCUUAUUUUCCAUGCAUGUACAUUAUUCACUGUCAUCGAUCUAGUCACUUUAUUCAUUCCUUUCAUUCAUUCUAGCAGUCGGAAUUGGUGUGUGAUAACCAUUGAAAUAGAAUGAUGGUGAUAACAUUGCAUUUCAUACAGUGAAUGUCACUCCAAACUUCUCAUGUAAGUUGUUACCUUCCAGGCCUCUAGAUGUCUUACUUCUGGUUAAGCUUUACUGGAUUUAUGUCCAGGGAUUCUCCACAGAGUUGGAUUCUCUGAGACCUCAGCUGUCCAGUGGUGCUGAACCUCAGAGUUACCGCUGUCCACUUAGACUAGAGAGAUUAUGUUAACAAAUUGUUUAAAAUAUAUAUAUAUAUAUAAAAUGAUGCCUAAACCCAGAAGUGUUCAUAUGAUAUUGCAGUGUAAAAAAAUGCAUUGUAUUUGAAUAUAUUUAUUAUAUGAAAUAUUAAAUUAUAUAUUUUUUUAAAGACAAAAUACAUAGAAUGUCACCAAAGAUUUUCUAAAACAUUGUACAACGUACUGUAUGUCUACUUGUUUGACUGUGUGUAGCCUACCAGAAUGUGCUUAUUUUGAAGAGAAUAUCAUCAGACAGAGCAGCAGCGCCCUCUUCAGGGCAGCUUCGGCAUCGUCUGCGUUACGUCUCUGCACUCGUGCAGGGCCUGCGCACGCUAGCACACGUCACCACAAUUGCCAGCAGCGAAUCCCUGCCCAGAGCUGCGCAGCAGCGUUGCGCAGACCUGCUUGGUGAAAUACGCAGCCAUUUCUCUUCAUCUUGUUGUAAAGCUACAGGUCCGAGAAUGCAAAUACUGCAAUAGUAGCUGAUGUUGGGGUUUGUAGGCGAAUUUCUUUAUAUCUAAUUGAGAGACUAAAACUUUUUCCUUCUCAUAAGCAUUGAGAGAAACAACCACAUAGGCAGCCUAUUUAGACGGGGUCGAGCGAUUCCAUACUAUAGCCAAGAAAGUGCGCUUGGUAGACGCGGUAAUGUCUUUGAAUAUCACUGUGAAAAGUGAAGACUCCGAGUCCUUUGACGAAGAAGACGAAUCAUCUCCGCUGCUUUCAGGCAAAAGAGGCUCCGAGUCUGCAGCUCGUCACGAUAUUUCUCCGGGAGAAGGCGGUCCAAUAGAAGACCAUGCAGGGUAUUCAACACAGCAUGGGCGGCUGGCAACUAAAACGACCACCAAACCCAUCGUACUGUAUCCUGUGAGUGCUGACCGUUUCUUUUCCUCUACUUCUGCAGAUGGCAAAACCAUCUUAAAGAUCGCUCCAGCCCCAGUCAUGACCCUCCCGACUCCUCGGCCUCCUCCCCAGGUGUCCCCAGAGUUCUCCUACCAGGCCAUCGUGUACCUGAUCGAAGCAGUGGGGCGCCGCUGGAGCCUGUAUGGGACCCGGGAGCGUUCGCAGCUCUUCCAGAGCGUGCAGAAGGAGUUGGAGGAGCAGGGUCACUGUCUCCCCGUUGAGAAGAUCCGCCGCAAGUGGAACAACUUGAUCGUCACCUAUAAGAGGGUCAAAUACAGAGGCCGGGAGACCGGCCAGGCCAGAACCUCCUGGGAGUACUUUGAGAUGAUGGAUGCCAUGCUUGGUGACACCAUCGGCGCGGAGACCACUAGCAGCCCUACCCUAGUAACCAGCAUCCCUAAGGUGAACGUCGCCACAGAAACCACCAAAACAGAGCAGAAGCCCCUUCUCCUUCCCCAUGGCAACCUCAUCACUGCCUGCACUCGGACACUCACCCUUGUCCCCUCCUCCCUCCCACUCCACACACCAGUUUCCUCCACCCUCCCUCUCUACACCUUUGUCAGAUCCCUCCCCACCCCUGUCUGCUCCUCCCUCCCUCUAUCCAACCCUUUGGACACACCCUCCCCCAGAAUAGCUAAUAACACAGACCCUGUACAGCCAAACCCCUCCCCUGCUCCGGUCGCACAGCUCCCUGCCUCCCGUCACAUCCCCUCCAACCUCAGCCGCGUGCACCUCCGCAGAAAGAAGCACGGUCGCUUCUCCUGCUCCUCCAUUACCUCCCUUCUGGCCCAGCAGCAGAAGCGAGUAGAAGAAGGCACCUCCCUGCUGCAGGAGUUCCUGAGGAGGCAGGAGGGGCAUGCCAAGGAGGAGCAGGUCCGUCGCAACAGGGCAGAGUCCCGGGGGAGGAGGCGCGAGAGGAGGGAGGCACGCAUGGCAGAGUCCCUGAGUAGGAUGGCCACAGCUCUGGAGCUGCUCUCCUCCAAACAGGACACAGUCAUUGCCCUACUGCAGAGGCUGGCCGAGAGAGACAGGAAGUGACAGUCAUCGCCCUGCUGCAGUGUUGUUUCUAACUUCUAUAGCCCCAAAGCCAUAAUUAUGGCUAAACCCUGCCUACACCUGCAUUGCUUGCUGUUUGGGGUUUUAGGCUGGGUUUCUGUACAGCACUUUGAGAUAUCAGCUGAUGUAAGAAGGGCUAUAUAAAUAAAUUUUAUUUGAUAUUUUUACUAUUUUCAAAUGUUAUUUUAAACCUAACAUUAACCACCACACUGCUAAUAUUAUGCCAAACCUUAAAUUAAGGACAAAAAGCUUAUUUUUGUUCUCAUGAAUUUUUACUUUGUGGCUAUAUAAUCUAGUGGAAACCCUUCUGCAGAGACUAGCUGAAGUGACACUGUAAUCGGCAUACUGCAUAGACUGGCCGAGAGAAACGGGGAGGCUGACUCAGCAUGAGACCGAAGUGGCACUCUUUUUCCCUAUAUAUUGCGCUACUUAUGAGCUAAAACCCACCUGGUGUCCCAGGUCAAAAUCGGUCCCUGAUUAGAGGGGAAGAAUGAAAAUUAGCAGUGGAACUUGGUUCGAGGUCCAUAUUUGAAUUUGCCUAAUGUAAGCAAUAGGGUUCCAUUUCGGAUGAAGACUCGGAUAAUGUUAUUUUUUAUUUAACCAGGUAGGCUAGUUGAGAACAAGUUCUCAUUUGCAACUGCGACCUGGCCAAGAUAAAGCAAAGCAGUUCGACACAUACAACAAUACAGAGUUACACAUGGAAUAAACAAACAUACAAUCAAUAAUACAGUAGGAAAAUCUAUAUACAGCAUGUGCAAAUGAGGUAGGAUAAGAGAGGUAAGGCAAUGAAUAGGCCGUGGUGGCAAAGUAAUUACAAUAUAGCAAUUAAACACUGGAAUGGUAGGAUGUGCAGAGGAUGAAUGUGCAAGUUGAGAUACUGGGGUGCAAAGGAGCAAAAUAAAUAAAUACAGUAUGGGGA